CCCCCCCUAGUCGAUGGGAGGCCGACGUCACCCUGCCAGCGGAGGAGUGGAUGGCCUCUGUAAUAAAAAUACAUGAAGAGAAUUGAGGAAAAGGAGAAGAUUGGUCCGGGGGAAGAAGGCAGCAGCGCGCCGUCUCUCCCUAUCUCCUCAUCCAGGAGCCGAGCCGCGGACGUGUGCGCCCUGCGAGCCAAACCGGGAUCCACGUCUCCCCCUGCCGUGUCCAGAGCCCCGUCUGAACUGUUAUGUGCGGCUUUCUUGGUUUUUCGAGCAGACAGAGAGAGAUAACUGUACUGUAUCCCAGCCUAGCGGAUUGGAGUGAAAGUCCGCCAUAUUCUGCCUUACCACGCCCGGGAGCCGAGCCAUUGGAAAACAAACGGACAGGCUUUAUUCAUGAGUUGUUUUGCGGUCGCCCCCUUCGCCCGCAGACUGCAAACUUGAACGCGAGGAUUUUAUUUUAAUUUUUUUAAUUUUUUGACUGUUAGAUAUCAACGUUGAGGACUUUACGGAGAGGGUGGCCGGCCACGGAUGACAAUGCUUUAACGAGAUCACACACAGGAGCAGCACGGAGGAUGUGUCUUAAAAGGAUCUGUUGAUCAUAUUGAGACGCAAAAGCAGAUUACGCCAAUUAAGACUGCACGGAUAUCCAAACGAAACCGCUUUGGACGCCGUCGGGAGGCUGUCGGGAGGCGCAGAGAGCGAACCGAAACGGGGGGAGGGGGGGUCAAUAAUUUCUCAAAUAUCUCAUUUUCCUUUCCACCACAAUCUGUGCGCUGUACAGGCUCAUUACAAGGGCGUCCACGCGUUAUUUCACCCCCACGUAGGCCUGUAUGAGGACGCUAUUUGGCAUUCACACAGGCCUCCACUUCUGCUGCCGCUGCUGUUGUUGUUGUUGUUGUUUUAAACCCCUGGCGAAAAUCUGAAAUCUGGAUGAAUCAGUGAGAGGAGUGGGGCGAAAUUGCGGAAAAGUGCGCGUUUUCCUUAAAAACAGAUAAAUAAAAAAAGAGAAAAGGAGAGAGAGGAUGACCCUGGAGUCCAUAAUGGCGUGUUGCCUCAGCGAGGAGGCGAAAGAAGCCAGGCGGAUCAACGACGAGAUCGAAAGGCAGCUCCGCCGGGAUAAGAGGGACGCACGCCGGGAGCUGAAACUGUUGCUUCUCGGCACUGGAGAAAGCGGGAAGAGCACAUUCAUCAAACAGAUGAGGGUUAUCCACGGCGCCGGCUACACCGACGAGGACAAAAGGGGCUUCACCAAACUGGUCUAUCAGAACAUCUUCACGUCCAUGCAGGCCAUGAUCCGAGCCAUGGAGACGCUCAAGAUCCCCUACAAAUACGAGCACAACAGGGGUAACGCCAACAUUGUGAGGGAGGUGGACGUAGAAAAGGUCUCCAUGUUCGAGAAUCCCUACGUAGACGCAAUCAAAAGCUUAUGGAAUGACCCAGGCAUCCAGGAGUGUUACGACCGGAGGAGGGAGUACCAGCUCUCAGACUCCACUAAAUAUUACCUGAACGCGUUGGACCGGAUCGCUGAGCGGUCCUAUCUUCCCACCCAGCAGGAUGUGUUGAGGGUUCGAGUCCCAACCACGGGGAUUAUUGAGUACCCAUUUGACCUGCAGAGCGUCAUAUUCAGGAUGGUGGAUGUUGGAGGCCAGAGGUCGGAGAGGAGGAAGUGGAUCCACUGCUUCGAGAAUGUCACGUCCAUCAUGUUCCUGGUAGCGCUCAGCGAGUACGACCAAGUUUUGGUGGAAUCAGAUAGCGAGAACCGGAUGGAGGAGAGCAAAGCUCUGUUUAGGACAAUAAUCACAUACCCCUGGUUCCAAAACUCCUCGGUCAUUCUGUUCCUCAACAAGAAGGACCUGCUGGAGGAAAAGAUCAUGUACUCGCAUCUGGUCGACUACUUCCCCGAGUAUGAUGGUCCGCAGAGGGACGCCCAAGCGGGGCGAGAGUUCAUCCUCAAGAUGUUUGUGGACCUGAACCCGGACAGCGACAAGAUCAUCUACUCCCACUUCACCUGUGCCACCGACACAGAGAACAUCCGUUUCGUCUUCGCCGCCGUCAAGGACGCCAUCCUGCAGCUCAACCUGAAGGAGUACAACCUGGUGUAGAGCGGCGGCAGGCGGUGGCUUCCAACCCCGGGCCCCUCGACACACACUGACUGACGCAAUCUGUGAAAAGAUAGAUCUCUCUCUCUCUCACACACACACACACGCUUAACAAAAAAAACAAAAAAAAAAGGUUGCAUAACAGUAAUUUAUUUGUCAUUUGAUCUCUUGGUCCCCGAGGGGUGUGCAAAGUCAAGGUUGUCUUGCUAUUUAAGGAGGAGCUGAUGAAAAAUAGGGAGGAUAUAUGGGGAAUGAAUGCAGUGUGCGCCAUGCCUCCUGCUUUUUCUUUUUUUUCUUUUUUUACAUAUAUAAACAAGAAAAACGGUUGUCAUUUCUUUAUUUCUCUCCUUCCUCGCCUACCAAUACAUUCUGGAUCUUCUUCACAGGCGUCUACCUGUCGACCGACAGGAAACGGUGUCAUGGAUCUCUGAUUGACAGCUUCCUCUUUUCCUUUAUUAGACUGAUUUGGCAGGUCUCUUCUUAAGUAGGCAUAAACUGUGAUUUUUAAAUUAUUUCCAAUUGAUUUCACAUUGAUGGACCGAAAUCGUGAUUAUUAUUUGCAUUGACUUUGGUACCGGUCAGUGAGUAGAGCACGUGUGACUGUUUAAGUGCAUUCCCCAUAUUUAUUGGGGGCGGGGGAGGGGGAUUAAACAGUCAGAGUCGUAUGCAGAGCGAAGGUAAUCAACAGGACCACAGCCUUCAGAAAUGUGAGAUAAAUUGUCUUUAAACUCACGUUCUGAGCUUUGAGCCAUGCACAGGGAUCUGCUCUGAUGGCGGCGUUCACUUUAACGCAGACUGAAGGGAACCUGAGGAGGUAUUAAUUUAUGAGGUGACAUUAUUCAGUGAUUCUGUUCAACUGUGCCACAUUAACGCUUUUUACUACGGUGAUACACGUAUAUUUAUUGCCAAAUGCCAAAAAACAAAACUAGCACCAGACUCCACUUUGCCACUUAAAUUAAAGAGAGUGUUGAGGACAGAUCAGGGCUGAAGAGACCGGCUGAGUUUUUUUUUGAAGUAUUCAACAAGGCCAGCGUUACUCUUCCCUCCUGACACCGACCCAGUCAGCACGGACUGACUCGUAGCUGCAGUCAGUGAGCAGGUCGACAGAGAGGAGGCAGCCGCCCGGCGCUUUGAACUGCUUGAACUGUCCAAUCACAGCCUCGCGCACGGCUACUUACCCCUCCCUGUGUGGCCUGCACACGGCCCAGUCAUUUUUUAGCCGUAUCUUCUUUGCAUUCGUCCAAUCACGGCCCAGCUGUCUUAACUGUUGUAGUUAAAUAGCAGUGGAGAUAAAUUUGGCUAGUUCCUGCAGUAUGAACCAGGGCCGAGUGUUGAUGUUCAGUUUGUACCAAAGUAAAGCUCUUUGUAUCUGAUUGGCACCUCAGAUUUGCAAUUCCUAAUUCCCAAGUAUUUUUUCUAUUAUUAUUUGUAAUGGUUCCCAGAACAUAAGCCUGUAAUUUACAUUUAUUGAGGCAUAGUGCAAUUAUGAAUGCUAUAAUCAUUGUACAUAUGAUAUCUCUCUCUCUCUGUCUGUCUACACAUAUAUAUAUGCCAUAUAUAUAUAUAUUUAUAUAUGCCAUAUAUGUAUAUAUAUACAUGGCAGCAUCUUUGUUGGCUUUGUAAUCAAUACUUUUUUGGCAGAUUGAAUGUGUGGUAUUGAUAAUAUGUAUCUAUGUAAUUGUAUUGUAUGUCCUAUGGCUAAUUAAUUUUUGGAAGAAAAAAAAAUAUUAUUUACACGUUUGUUUUUGGUUCCUUGUUUUUUUAAGAGGAGAAUGUAUUUUUUUUUAACUUUAUUUCUCAGCGGAGAAACAUUGUUCAGCUUCAGAACUGCGCAAAGAGGAAUAUUAUUAACCGGCAACUGAUCUAAUAGUAUGCCAGUUUUGUUAAAUUGACUUUUAUAUUUAAAAAAAAAAAAAAAAAAAUGCAGACUGAAUCUAAUCUACAGGGCUAAUUGUGAUAGUUUAGUUCAUAAACGGCUUCAGGAACAGAGCACUUGUCAUAUAUGUAUAAUUACAUCACUCAUUGAUUCUUAUUUUAUAUAUAUAUGUGUGUGUGUGUGUAUGUAUGUAUAUAUAUAUAUGUAUAUAUACACACAUUUGAUCUCAUAACACAGCUUCUCCAUGAGUAUUGAUUAACUUCCUGCACUCCUUGUGAUCCUGAACGCACCUCACCACGACCACCUUUAUAAGGCAAGGUGUUUUAUAUCUCAAAUACUGCUAAGCCUGUGUGGGUGGCAGGCAUGUAAAGUGUUGCUUUGGCUAUGAUUGUGGAUGAUCUCAAUCUUAAUCUUAUUAAGGAGCUGUAAUUAUCUUUCUGCUAACGGAUGGGAAUGCCGUCGCCCUUUGCACCCUCCCAAAUACUGAGUGAAACUCGGUAUUGUGAAGUGCGCACAAAUGUGCAAAAAAGACCCAACCAUUUGGUCUAAUUAGGACAUUUACAGGUGCUUUUUUUUUUUUUUUAACUUUUCCUUUUUUUAAUUCAUUGCCACCAUCAGAAUGUACAGUAUUAUUUCAGACUUUAUUUAUGAAACGACAGCGCAAGAGAGAAACACAGAACAGUUCACAUGUAUAUAUAUUGCCUUAUUGAAUAAGCUGUGCCUCCGGAAUCCCACGCGAGGUGUCUGUGUUUUUACGAGAAGUGGAGCUAGUGCAGCCAAUAAUGUCCCCGUUGUGCAGCUGGAGGAUUGUUUUUGGUCUUGGCUCGGUGGUCUCUCUCGCUCUCUCCCUCCUUGUUUGUAACUCUGUGCUAUAAGAAGCCCUGGGAUCAGCUUCGACUUGUAGCUCAUUUGGCUAAAAUGGCAUAAUUACAGGACAUUAUAAGCACAUCACGAGUGAAAUGUAAUCGUAGAGCGUACUCUCCAAUGAUCUCAUAAUGUUGUCACUUCAGAUCCAUGUCUUAAAACUCGUACCGCGGUGCAUUAUGAUGCGCUGGGCUGUCUGAUGUGGCUCUGGUUAGACGACGGCUCUGGACUCUGUCACAGUCUGGACUCGGAACCGCCAGCGGCCGCCUGCUGAGUGUUUUGGCGUCUACCAGAUGCUCUGGCAGGUAACCAGGCCUCGCUCGGAGGCCCUGUUGUUUUCAGAUAUUCCAGCUGGCAGGUGAAACUGCACACAAGCAUAGUUGAUUUUGACAGUCAACAAGCAUAGCAGCGAGUUCAUUACAAGUCCGAUUCGCUGUGCACUGGAAGAAAAUCAAGACCUUAGAGUAACCACUCAGCAGCAGCAGCAGCAGCAGCAGGGCCUCGCCGCACAUUUUUACCAAAUGUUAAAGUGGUGCUAACGCGAUUCUGCUCGUUCGCCAGGGAAGAUGUUUUGAAGCUGGACUAUAGUUUCAUCUUAUCUGUGCCGAUGAUUGCUCGUUGUAGACUUGCAGUAAUCAGUAACCUGUGUCCCUGCUGUUGUGAAGUGGCUAUUAACACUGUCUCUGUCACUUAAAGGGGAAAUCCUGGCUGAAACGGUUCACAGAGAGCCUCACGGCCACAGGUGUGAUGGCGGUAGGCUACAAAAAAAAAUUAAAAAGACUUAAAAUUACAAUUGGAUUUAAUCUGAAGCAGUAUUCGGUGAGUGCUUGCGGAUGGAUUUUCCUUUUAGGGGAGCAAAGACUCCAGCUGAUGUUGGCGACCUCUGCUGCUGUUCAGGUUUCACAUAGCACAUCUAAGAGCGGUUCAGGUGUUGCCUACUGAAAACUGCAGGCUUGGAUAAUGGACUUCCUGCAAACUCGUCAGACACAUCACCUGAUUGCUUUCAGCCGGCUCACUUUUGGGUUUCUCUGCCUCCGAAAUCCUGGAGAAGGAAAUUAUUUGAAUCAUUUUUUUUUUUUUUUCAAGUUUUCUUGAAUCAUUUUUGGAAAAUAGUGUUGCAAUGAUCUCCAAUCAUAAUUGUAUAAAAUGUUUCUUGUAUCCAUAAACUCGCACUCCUUCAACAUGUUUCUGAAUGAAGCAACA